GCCGGGGCGGGCGCGCCGGGGGCGGCGCGGCGGGCGCGCCGGGGGCACCGCGCCGGGGGCACCGCGCCGCGGGGAAGCGGAGCAAAGCCCGGUGGCCCGGCCUCGCAGACCAUGAACAAGAUGAAGAACUUCAAGCGCCGCUUCUCCCUGUCGGUGCCACGCACGGAGACCAUCGAGGAGUCCUUGGCCGAGUUCACGGAGCAGUUCAACCAGCUGCACAACCUGCGCCCAGGGGACCUACAGCUCGGGCCCCUGGGCAGAGCCCCCCAGGCAGAGCGCAGUGCAGAGUCCCCCGAAGACGCAGACGCCGGCGCUGGGGAGGUGCCCGGGGAGCGGCUUCCCCGUCAGCGCCGCUUCUCCAUGGAGGACGUCAGUAAAAGGCUCUCUCUGCCCAUGGACAUCCGCCUGCCCCAGGAAUUCCUGCAGAAGCUCCAGCUGGAGAGCCCAGACCUGCCCAAGCCACUCAGCCGCAUGUCCCGCCGCGCCUCCCUGUCAGACAUCGGCUUUGGGAAACUGGAAACGUACGUGAAACUGGACAAGCUGGGGGAGGGGACCUACGCCACCGUGUUCAAGGGGCGCAGCAAACUGACGGAGAACCUGGUGGCCCUGAAGGAGAUCCGGCUGGAGCACGAGGAGGGGGCCCCCUGCACUGCCAUCCGAGAGGUGUCUCUGCUGAAGAAGCUGAAGCACGCCAACAUCGUGACGCUGCACGACCUGGUGCACACCGAGCGCUCCCUCACCCUGGUGUUCGAGUACCUGGACAGCGACCUGAAGCAGUACCUGGACCACUGCGGCAGCCUCAUGAACAUGCACAACGUCAAGAUUUUCAUGUUCCAGCUGCUGCGGGGCCUCGCCUACUGCCACCGGCGCAAGAUCCUGCACCGGGACCUGAAACCCCAGAACCUGCUCAUCAACGAGCGUGGGGAGCUGAAGCUGGCGGACUUCGGCCUGGCCCGGGCCAAGUCGGUGCCCACGAAGACCUACUCCAAUGAGGUGGUGACGCUGUGGUACAGGCCCCCCGAUGUGCUGCUGGGGUCCACAGAGUACUCCACCCCCAUUGACAUGUGGGGCGUGGGCUGCAUCCACUACGAGAUGGCCACGGGGAGGCCCCUCUUCCCGGGAUCCACCGUCAAGGAAGAGCUGCACCUCAUCUUCCGACUCCUCGGGACCCCCACGGAGGAGACCUGGCCCGGAGUGACCGCCCUGGCCGAGUUCCGCGCCUACGGCUUCCCCCGGUACCUCCCGCAGCCGCUCCUGAGCCACGCUCCCAGGUUGGACCCUGACGGCAUCCACCUCCUGACCAACCUCCUGCUGUACGAGUCCAAACGGCGCAUCUCCGCAGAGGAGGCCCUGAGCCACCCCUACUUCCGGUCCCUGGGAGAGCGCGUGCACCAGCUGGAAGACACGGCGUCUGUCUUCUCCCUGAAGGAAGUGCAGCUCCAGAAGGACCCGGGCUACCGCGGCUUGUCCUUUCAGCACCCAGGACGAGGGAAGAACCGACGACAGAGCAUCUUCUGAGCCUGCUCCCGCGGUGGCCCGAUGUCUCCUGGCGAGGCUGAAGCGCUCCCCGAGGUCGCCUGCUGCCCGGCUGGCCGUGGCGUGUGGCCGCUCGGCCCCCCGCCCUGGGGUUGGCAGGAGUGGCUUCCCUGGGAGGAGUUGGGGGCCUCGGAGGACCCUCAGACCUUGGAGAGCACAGGCACUGGUGUGGGACCGUCGGGCGGAGAAUGGGGGCCUGGCGGAGGGUGGUCCUCUGGGCAUGGGCACCCCGCCCCGGGCCACCCGCCUCAGGACGCCGGAGCUUCCUUCACCUUCCUUCACCUUCUCCCGCCAACAAGCACUUUGUGUGGGUGCCGAUGUGUGUGCCAAAGCCCACCCCCACCCAAGGGCCGGGGCCACCCCCCUGUCCCCCUCACCCUGUGCCCCAUAUGCUGCUGGACCCCAGCUGAGGCUGCGUGGCCACCUCGCUGCCCACUCCUUCACCCAGUCUGAGUGGGACCAAAGUCCGCAGGUGGUCGCAUGCCCACUCUCCAGGUGCUGCCUGGAGCACCUGCCUGUGCGCCCUUUCCUGGGCCGACCCUGGGGGCGGGGCCGCUCCCACGUAGGCAGAGUCACCUGAUGCGGUGUCCCCCCCCCCCAGCCCCAGGCCGGGUGUGCUGACCCGACUGCAGCGCUCGGCCGCUCCCGCACGCGUCCCAGCACAGGCCCCAGAGGGCGCACGCAGGAGGCUGUGCGUGCCAGUCUUACGCGGGAAGUGGGCCCCCGAAGGCGUCCUCACCACCCGCGUUUAGGGACCGGGGUUCCCACGGUCCCUCCUGGUUGAAGGUUACCGGCCCCGCCCCCGUGGUGGGCCCGCCCCGCCCUGGCCCCGCCCUCCGCCCUGGCCCCGCCCACUGUACUGUGAACUCUGUGACUCAGCACAAAGAUAAUAUAUUUAAUUCAUGUCGUA